UUCGUUUACAGUAAGAUCCAACAUGGCGGACGUAGCGUCGGUGGCGGCGGCCGAGGCGACGACAUCAUCAUUUCCACUGAAGACGAGCGUUGCACAACAACAACGACGACCAUGAGGGAGCGACAGAAAAAGAAAGGAAGGACGUGGGCGGAAGCCGCGAAGACGGUGCUGGAGAAAUACCCCAACACACCCAUGAGCCAUAAAGAAAUCUUGCAGGUGAUCCAAAGAGAAAGACUUAAGGAAAUCAGCGGAACGUCGCCGUUGGCAUGUCUGAACGCAAUGUUGCACACAAACUCCCGCGGUGAGGAGGGCAUCUUCUACAAAGUUCCGGGGAGGAUGGGCGUCUACACGUUAAAGAAGGACAUCUCGGAGGUGGCCACCGAGUUGUCGGAGGAGGAGUCCGAGGACAGCAGCGACGACCUGUCUGACUCGCGGAGCUCGGAAAACAACAGCGGUCCUCGGGAAGGCAGGAGGAGACGCUGGAUGAGACCGGUUCCCUCCAAGUUACCGUCGCAGCAGCAGCCGACGUCGCCGCAGCCCCGCUGCUCGUCUCCGUCCGUUGCAGCCGCCGCCGCCGCCGCCGCCAAGCUCAUCUCGCCCUCGCAGAAGCACAGCAAGAAAGCUCUCAAACAGGCCUUGAAGCAGCAGCAACAGCGGAAUCAACGCAGGCAGGCAGCGAUGCCAUCCACUUCCAGUUCCAGGCUGCUGCUGAAGACCAUCAAAGACAUGGCCGACAACAUCACCGCCAAGACUGAUCUUUGCCUCCCCGUUGGACCCAGGAAGGUUUCUCAGCGGUCAGGUCGUCUCAGUGCAGGGCACCUGAAACGUAAUAGGUGCAAAAUCGACGUGGAGACGCCGGACUCGAUUUUGGUCAACACCAAUCUGCGGGCCGUCAUCAACAAGCACACCUUCUCCGUCCUGCCGCCAGACUGCCAGCAGAGGCUGCUGCGACUUCUGCCCCAAGUGGACCAGCAGCCCUGCACGGACGGCCUCCUCAAGGUGACGAGCUCCGCUUUGAACAACGAGUUCUUCACGUCGGCGGCGCAGUCGUGGAAGGAACGGCUGGCUGAGGGUGAAUUCACUCCAGAGUUGCAGCUGCGAAUGCGCCAGGAAAUUGAGAAGGAGAAGAAAGUGGAGCACUGGAAGGAGGCCUUCUUUGAGAGCUACUAUGGUAAAAACUCUGGACUCAGUCUUGAGGAAUCCAAAGAGCUGACGAAAGCUGAUCUAAAAUGGGAGCCGAAGCCUCGUCAGCCGAGACCGGCCUCGAGAUUGUCGGAGGAAGCGAAGGGCACCGACGACCGCAGCCGGACCAAUGGUGGCGCCGCGGUGAAAGACGCAAAGUCCGCACCUUCGCAGGAGAAGACGCGACCUCCUCCAAAAGAAUGUCACUCCGUGCCAGAGCUGAUGAAGACCAGGCGCUCUCAGCACGCCGAGGAUCGUAGGAUGCCCGCUCCGACGUCGCGAUCAGAACCAGAGAAGCAGAAUGAAGGUGUUGCCACGGAGACACGGGCCGAGCCGAGCGAGAAAGAGGGUAAAACGGAUUUCCUCCCGUCUCCUGUCAAGAGCAGCCCGCCGCCACACGCCGGGAUGGAGGUAAAAGAGGAUCCGCCGCCGUCUGGGGUUAAGCCCUCCGAAGAGACGAAGGCCGAGCCGGAAGGUGCCGCAGAACCGCAGAAAAGAAAGCCUCCCGGCGAGACGGAGGAUGAGGCCACGCCGGAAAAAAGACCGCGGAUAUCCUCAGUUUCCUCGGUGUCCUCAAUCUCCUCCGUUUCUCCUCCAGCAUCCUCCAUACCCAGGCCGGCCACACCUACUUCUGCAAGCAACCAGAGAGUUCCGCCACUCAAGAUUCCAGUGACAAGAAUACUUCCCAUCCCCGCGUCGCCGAGGACGCCUCUGCCCACCUCCCUAAACAGCCCGGCCGCUCGUACCGGCGCUCGCACUUUGGCGGACAUCAAAGCCAAAGCUCAGCUCGCACGAGCGCAACGAGCCGCAGCGGCGGCCGCCGCGGCCUCCGGGGGGGCUCUCCCCGGGUCCGGGAACGGGGCAGGCACUUCCGAGCCGACGAAAUCCUCCCCGAGUCCGAGUUUAACGUCCCCGCAUCCGUCUGCCAGGUUUCCGGUCAACACCAUCAGCGCAACUCCGUCUCGCCCUCAGGACACCCUCGGGCCACUCUGUCCAAGUCACUCGAACAUUCAGGAUGUUCGAACAGUCGGCGCACAGCCUUGUAGCGCUCGUUCAGACUCGCGACCCGAGUGUCAGGAAACCCCUUCUGGAUCAACCCGGAUCAGCUCUUGUGUCCCUGCAAACAACCCGCUGGUCACCAGGCUCUUGCAGGGAAAAGAAGUUCCCUUGGAGCAGAUCCUCCCAAAACCUCUCACCAGGGUGGACGGCAAGAUUUCAAACGUACGCUCCAGCAAGGACAAGACGGCUCGUCCGGCCACCGGCGGCGGUCCUGAGCACCACCAGCGCAACACCACGGGCUGGGCCUUAUCUGACUACACCAGACAUCACAAAGAACCUCUUGACAAGGACACCCAGGAGCAGAUCUUACAGACUCUGAUGGAAAGAAAAUUCCAGCAGAGACAACCCCAACAAGGAGGUCCUACUCGCCACGGCCACCGAGCGGGGCAUGCCGAGGAGUAUCAGGAUCGACCGUGGAUAUCCGUCGGCUUCUUGGGCCGCAAGAGGACGCCGAGGCCCGCCAUGUCCGGACACUAUCUCCUCAACGUGUCCACGUACGGCCGAGGGUCCGACGGCAAGCGGUCCCACCAGGCCGUCAUCUCGAAUGUGGCUGGUCUGAAAAGAGAAACGGCGGAUGGCCAGGAGGCGAUGCGAGAGGGGACGUUUGAGUUUAAAAUGGAGCAGCAGGGAUCGUCCGUAAGCAAGUGUGAGCAAGCGGGGAGCCUUCCGCCUUGUCCCGACAUCAAAACCGAACCGGGAUUCGAGGAUAUUGCGACAGACGAGAACACGCCAGGGCGCAAGCAAGUCAGCAAUCAAGGGAAAUCCGAGCCAUAUCUUCCACUCAAGGACCCCAGUCACCAGCAGCCGUCUGCCUUUCCAACCCCGAGGAUGUCCAUCCAUCAGGAAUCGGUUUCGUCCCGUUACGGCGGGACAAUCAGCGUUUCCGUGCCGCGCACUUUGAACCGCAACGCCGCGGGUGGCUCCGCUACCGUGCCGGACGACGGGAGCGUCAUGUCUUUCUCGGUGACCGUCACCACCAUUCCCGCCGCCAACCCCUUGGACCCCGGCGACAGGAGCGCGCCGCCGCCGGAGCCGUCCUUCAUGGAGGCCGCCGGCGUGGAGGACGCGCAGUCCAAAUGCUACUGCCGGCUGAAGGCCAUGAUCAUGUGUAAAGGGUGCGGGGCCUUCUGCCACGACGACUGCAUCGGACCCUCGGAGCUGUGCGUCUCGUGUCUGGUGGUACGAUGACACUCGGAUCGGGCCGCUUCCUGGGCGGUUGCGCCUUCGCAGCGGCAUUUACACUGGAUGGUCUUUUUGCGGGCUGCACGGCGGGCGGGCGGUUCCACGUCGCAUUAAUGAGGUUCGGGGUCGGAAUCUCGGCCCUGGCACCUUUUUGCGUGCAGUUUGCGUACGGUUAUGUGGGUUUUCUCCUGGUGUUCCGGCUUCUUCCCACAUUCCCAAAAAUAUGUUCGGUUCAUGGAAGACUAAAUUGUCAAUAGCUGUGAAUGUGAGUGUGAAUGCUGGUUUGUCUACUGAAUACAUCACUCACAAAAAAUGAGGGAGCCAAAAACUGCGAGUAAUUGAUGCCCCCCUAAGGUUUCACAUCAUUUCGGUCUGGUUCUCAAAGGAGCGCCAUUCCCGACCCACUAACCUCUCUGGAUGAACUUAAAGACUUAGCACGGGACCGCGCGAUAGGUUGAUUUGGCGCCCUUCUCUCCGGCACCAUUCGCCAAUUUCUAUUGCGCUACAAACCGCUUUCACAUAUUUUGACGGACCGCAGCGAGACCGACACCCCGCGAAGGGUCCGUGCUCAACCAUCGGCGUCGACGGGUGGUUUGUGACGGAGUUUCUCGUGCGGCACACGUUCGCGGCUGAGCUCAACUGAACUGAGAAAGAAACGUAUCGGUUCGUGAACUUCUUCCGUUCAGUAUGUUCACUCAAAAGAUUAGUUGGUUUGAACGACUUGUUCAUGAGCAACACUCAACCGCUCCACCAAAAAAGAAAAAUACAAAAUUCAUGGUACGCAAAUGCGCAGUGACUUAUGUGCACCCCUGCUCAUAGAUGCCACGGGCUAGUGCCAAAGCACUACUUUUCUAUUAGACUGUACUCGGGCUGCUCCUCUCACUUCGACCGAGUUCCUUGGUACCAAGAUGACGCCGUAGCACUACUUUUCUAUUUGACUGUACUCGGGUUGCUCCUCUCACUUCGACCGAGUUCUUUGGUACCAAGAUGACGCCGUAGCACUAGUUUUCUAUUUGACUGUACUCGGGUUGCUCCUCUCACUUCGACCGAGUUCUUUGGUACCAAGAUGACGCCGUAGCACUAGUUUUCUAUUGGACAGAGCCUAUGCGCCAUCUGGUGGCAUCUCUCGGGUGUUUAAGAAUGGGCACCAGAACAACUAACAGGUGUGUUUUUCAGCAAGUCAUGGAGGGUGGGUUCCCCCUAAAAAAAAAAACCCACAGUAAUAGGUGAAUUCGCCAUCACUAGUAACGAGGCGGGGGAAACCCAGGGAAAUUUCAGGAUGAACUUAAAAUUCCCUAAAACCGGAACAGGUUAACUUAAUUUGACCUCCAAACUUUUGAAUGUUCAACUGUAACAUUUUGGGCUCAUCCUGAAAUUUUACUUGCAGCUUAACAUCCCAAAGUUUUUGUGAGCGGUGUAUGCGGCCUGCGAUCUUACCUGCAACCCGACUGCGGAUAAGCGCUCUAGGAAAUGGAUGAAUGGUCUUUUUGCUCCGUCGCAAGCCGUUUUGAAACGGCCGUUCUUAAUCGCAUCGGUAGUCUCGUCUGACAACGUUUGCACUUAGCAUUAGCGUGGUAUAUAUUUUUGAAAUAUAGCUUUAUGAAAACUAGUUUUUAAAUGGGAAAAGGGAGGGAAAAAAACAAAUGUUAUUUUUGUAGAACCUCAAGACUGUUCUAGAGUUUUAAACUUUUAUUUUAUUUUUUUUCCUAUCAGGCCUAAGUCAGUUUAAAGGCAAAAAAGGGUGAAGUUGAUGAUAAUCACGGUGGUGGGAAAUACCUGCUGUUUGGCAUUUGUCAUGCACAUGUGCCAGGGAAAGUGCAACUAUUUUAUAAUAUCCACACCCAAGACUCGCCAAGAAUCGUGUAUAGUUUUAAAGAGAGAUUUUACAAGGAUUUUUAUCGACAUUAUGUUUUAUACAAAUCGAUGACGAUUGCACAGUCAGGAGAAAAACGCCCAAUUGAAAAGGUAGCAUGAGCGUUUGGCACUUAAAUUCAUUGAGGAGUCAUUUGUACAUAAAGACGUUCCGACUGCUUGUUCUUAUGUUUGUAGAUUUAAUUUCAACGUUAAAGUUUCUCACGUGAAUCACCAUAUAUAUUUGUUUGUAAAUAUUUAAGACCAAUGCCUAGAUGUACACGUUUUAUUUGAAACACAAAAUAAAUAUGCGGUUAAUCAUAAAUCAGCUGCGCUAAGAGUCAAAAAUCAAAACGCUUUAGCAUACCGUAUUAAGCGGUUGUCGCGGUUGAGUCGGUACAGCGCGAUUUAGUAGAGGUGCAAUAUGAAAAAGAGUGAUAUAACACUUCACUUUAGUUAUAUCGAUAUAUUUGACAAGAUCAACUUUUUUCUUCUUAUUAUUUUUUUUUCUCUCUCCACAAGUAAAACUUUCUGGAGGGAAUAGGAAAAACGCCAGUCACCUUAAAAAAAAAAAAAAAAAAAAAAAAAAAAAAUCGGAUCUCAUUUUGAAUCGUCUUGCUAAUAAAUCAAAGUAAUAUAUUUUAAUUCAGAUAUUUUAAUAUAAAAAUAUAUUUUGUUUUGAAACUCAACAGGGUAUGUACUCUUCCCCCCCCCCCCUUUCUUUUAAGUUUUGUUUUUUUUUGUUCUCCCCUCUCUAGUUUUAAAAAAAAAACAUUUUUUAACCAGACAGGUCACCCGAGAGCUUUUAUGAUCUUAAGUUAUAUACAUGAAAUUUCUGCGGGGCUCUCGUGUAAUUUGUGUUGUACGUUUUUUGUGUGUGUGUGUGCGCCGUCUACAUUUGUGUGGAAAGGCCAGAGUUUUAUCCGUUAACUUUGGGAGCUGUGGAAGCGCUCGAAGCUCUUCGUAGGUUUACAGUACGAGUGAGACGUGUUCCGUUUGGCAACAUUUCACGUCAUCGGAUUCACUACGCGCCUUUUCAGACAUAUUUCAAAACACAAUCAUAGCCUAGAUUUAUUCCUCUGGGGCAAUUCAUGUGAUGAUGAGGGUUUCGUUUUGGGGAGUUCGAGGUACAAAGCAUGAUUUCAAAUCAGGGAGCCUGUGGGCCACACGCGGCAAAGAAACUUUUAAGCCCCAGAACGUUUAACCCACAAAUGCUUAUAAUAAAUAGAUUUUUUUUUUAAAAUCUGGCCCCUGAAUGGUAAAAGGUUACCAAUGGCUACUGUUUUAGAGUAAAAUGUCAUUUUGUCCUCCAUUUUAAAUGGGUGAAUGUACUAUGUGUGUUUAAAAAAGAACAUUUUAUCAAAAGCUAUAAAAUUUAAAAUACUAAAUGAAAUAAAAAUGUUCACGUUUGCCCUGCAUACUAAGCAAUUGGUGAAUAUAUUGUAAAUAAAUUAAUUAUACAAUAGAACAUUUGCCUGAAUUUAUUUUUAGUUAAGAAUUUUAGGGUACAUUACUUUGAACAUUUUAUAUUGAUUGUAUUACAAUUAAGUGAAUACGUUUGAGAAUGAGUAUCAAUUUGAUUAAAAUAACCUUUUACGUAUACUUUAAAAAUGCUUCCAAUAAUUGCUUCAUUGUAAUUACAUGAA